CGCACCGCCAGCAUCGUGUGUGUGUAUUCUCUUUCCCGUUUUCGCGUUCGAGCACCGUGCCUACAGGAACAAUCGUUUUGGGAACUGACAAUCAAUCGACGAAAAUUAUGUAAACGCGUGGCCGGGUUCGGCAACGUCGUGCAAGGGUGCAAUCAAUACGGAAAACCGGUGGAAUCAAUACGGGAUACCGGAGGAAUACCGGCACGUAUCCACGUUGCAAUACUUACUCUGGAUCAAGUUAGGACAAAUUGGGAAUUUCCGAUCGCCUUGCCAAUGAUAUCGGCGAAAUACGGCAGACGCGCGUUCCAGAGGUUAAUCCGGGACGAUUCGAACGACGGUGGAGGAUGCAACAGCAGCAACAGCAGCAGCAGCAGCAACAGCAGCAGGAGGAGGAACAUCAGGAACCGGAGCAGGAGCAACGGGCCCUCGUAAUGGUACCGUCCACCUCGUCCUCGCCGUCGACUUCAUCGGUCACGGUUAUGGCAGACUCACAGGAGACCGAUGUCACCGGUCUCGCUGCGGGCACCGAAUUACCUAAUUUAGCGCUCCAGAGUGUCGCCCUGCGGCUUCAGGGUGCCCUCCUCUCGGCUCUGCAGCGAGCGGCGCUCCUGCCACCGGGGCACGCCGCCGCCGCGGCUUUCAAUCUCCAGGCACUGGAGACGUACUUGACGCUUCAUCGUCUUCAUGCGAGCGGCGCGACUUCCGGCGUCGCGCAAACCGCGAGCGCCACCGCGACCGUCGUUGGUAAUCAAAGGUGUUCGUCAUUGAACGCGAAUGUCGACGCGGCCCUGAGCCCGACAGCUGUCAAGAAUGACCACCUGACGGCCGAUCAGCUGCUCCGAUCAGCCGCUUCGGCAAUCAGCGAGGACGACGAGGCACGGCUGGACUUUGUGACCGACACCGAGGAGGAUCUGGCGCUUCUCGCGGAAGAUGACGAGGUCCUGCUGUGCGAGACAUCCGGAACGAGCUCCUCCUCGGCGAAUCACGAGCUGCUCCUGCGACGAAUAUCCGAAGGGAAUCGCGCGAGCACGUCGGUGACGACGGUCUCACGAUCCUUGACCGUCCCAACAUCUUUCGCGUCGUCAACUUCCUCGGGUUGCUCCUCGACCUCCUCGUCCACCUCGUCUUCCUCCUCCUCGUCCGCGCAACACGCUUCGAUCACGGUGGACUCGAGUGUACCAAGGACUUGCCGUACGUCCAGACCCAAGAAACAGUUUAUUUGUAAGUUCUGCAGCCGGCAGUUCACGAAGAGCUACAAUCUGUUGAUCCACGAGAGGACGCAUACCGACGAGCGGCCGUAUUCGUGCGACAUAUGUGGCAAAGCCUUCCGACGGCAGGAUCAUCUCAGAGAUCACAGGUAUAUACACAGCAAGGAGAAACCGUUUAAAUGCGCUGAAUGUGGCAAAGGAUUCUGCCAGAGCAGGACACUGGCUGUUCAUAAAAUUCUGCAUAUGGAGGAAUCGCCGCACAAAUGUCCCGUCUGCGCCAGGAGUUUUAAUCAGAGGAGCAAUUUGAAGACUCAUCUUCUCACACACACGGAUAUUAAGCCUUAUCAUUGCGCCUCCUGUGGCAAGGUCUUCCGUAGGAAUUGUGAUCUGAGGAGACACUCAUUGACCCACAAUUUGGGAGUACCGUCGUCGCCACCACCAUCGGGAAUACCUGUUGCCGGUUCAAGCACCAUUGUCCUUCAGGAGACGUCUUAAUACAUGGAUAUCGAUUUUUCUUCGGUCAUCGGGACAAAAUCUUGGCUAAGCUUUCUGCCGACGAUACGGAUCGACAUCCAUUUAUUAUAACGCCGCAGUGAUCUUGACUUCGACGUGCGAUCGAUUCCGACGGUCGAUUCGGUCGUAUCUGAGUCCACGGUCCAGUACGGUCAGGAUUUCGAUCUCUUGCACGUAUUCGAGCCUCUGACUCACAUCGUAUCUAUCCGCCUGCACUAUCUAUCAUCGUUAACGUUUAGAGCGUAAUCAUUGUUAUGUACAUCACGAUAAUGAUAUACGAAUUCGUGUAUAUUUAGGUUUGUAAUUCUAUGUAUGCGAUACGUAGUAGGUACCUUCUCUCUCUCUCUCUCUUUCUCUCUCUC